AUGAUACCAAUCAAAGACACAAGGUGGUUCUACAAAGCGUUGAGGAGGCUAGAAACAAAUGUGAGAAUUGUUAACCGCUUUGACUUUCUCCUGACAGAGCCGCGGAACCUGCCGCUGCAGAAUCUGCCGCAGCAAAGCCUGGUGCUGAUUAUUGUUUGCGCCGUGGCCGGCGCUUUGUUUCUGGUGCUGCUCGUCGUGAUUCUGGUCGUCAAACGCCGCCAUCUGAGAAAAACCAAAAAGCUGAAGAUGGAGCUCCAGGAAACAAAGGACGAAAUUAGCACUCUCUCAAGACAAGCCUCCUUCAGGAGACUGAACUCAACCGGCUCAGUUUCACGAAUUCAGCCUGAAGAUUAUGCCUUACUCAGAGUAGACAGCCGCACUAAAUACAGCCAGAUGUCUCUGGAGCCCUCCCACUAUCACGGCAGCCAGUCCACUCUGGGUGGGAGGUGGGGACCCACAGUAGAGGUGCCACGGGACGAAUACGGGCGUCCCGUCGUCUGGACCGAAGACAGAGAGUGCCUGAGAGCCGUAGAGAUGAACAGGGAGAAGGAGGAGCGCAGGAAACGGGUGGAGUCGUUUGUGAAGAACAGCAACAUGUCGCUGGAUUCAGGCCUUCCUUCAUCACUGGUUCCCCUGAAGGUCCAGCAGGACGAUGGUAACGGUCAUAAAGAGUCGGACCUGGGUCACCUACAGGAAGACGACUCGGUCGUUGAAUCCUCCACAACAGAGGAACAUGAGGAUGACGAAGGGAGACGUCGGCAUCAUCUUGAGGGAACUCUCAGUAAAAUGUUUUAUGAAAGCAAUGGGGUCCUCAGGCCCAGAGAGAAUCCCAACGCCAUUCUCCUGCCCAGCCAAAAUUAUUACAAACCACAACUUAUCUAAACCUCUGACUUUCUUCCAUAACUGGAAAUGAGAAAAGCCUGUCAGCAUUUCUGCUCUGACAGAGACUUUUAUUUUGAAAAAACAAAGUAUUUAACUACUAUGGACAGAAUGCCAACAAAGACUAUUUUAUUUGUUUUUUGACCUCCUAAACUUCUAUUCUUACUUUGCAAUAACAAGAACCUUUUAAAAUAUUUUGGGGAUAUUUUUGUGCCAUUUACUAAAAGAAGAGAGCUUCCUCGACUCUGGAACCAUUGAAUAUUCGAAGAUCUACAGAAACUGGAGACGUUUCCUCUAAUUAAAUUUAGAGGUCCAUGAAUGGGCAUCAUAAUUUGGAAAUAAUAGCAUGAGGCCAACCGGUAGGUGUGGGAACCUUGGUGCGCACCCUCUGGUGUCCAGUUCAAUGUGCCAGCUAUAAACCUAGCUUCAUUUGUCUGUACUGUCAAUUUUACUUGUACAUAAAAACCGUAUUUAAAAUAAACAAACCACGUUUAGCCUGGUGGGAGCAAGUUAAGCCUGGUGGCCUGCCAGGCUUAUAAUAAAUACACCAGGGGAAACCUUGCAGUACCUUAGUGCCUGAAAUGCAAUAUUAGUGUGUAUUUCUAAUAAGAACUAACCUUGACAUCAGUGGUAGUUUAUGUGAGCAAAAUGGCUCUUUGUCCAGAGCGUCAUAGCAGCAUGGGGCAGCACCGACACUCCAGAGAGAGAAAAGAAACAGUUAUGUCAGUUUUACCUCCAACAAGUUUUCUAUUGGUUAUUUUCAUGUUUAGUAAAUGGGAAUUGGGCUCUUUCUUAUGUUUUACACAAUGAAGGCACUGCAGUCAAAAUGGCCGAGCACAAGAAGUGGAUGAUUAAAUGGCUAAAAGUUAAAAGGUUUAUUAAAUUAUUUAUCAAGGAAGCUGGAAUAUUUAAUUUGCUCUGAUCUAGAAUCUGAACCGUUAGUGGCCAAACUUGAGCUGGAUUGUUCUACGCAGAUUAAAGAUUUGCUAAAACAUAAUUUUAGGUUUAUUAUUCUGUUCCUCUAUUCCAAAAUUUGGGAUUUCUUAUACUUUCUAUAAGUAGGUUGAUUUUUCGCCCCGCUCAUUGACUGGUUCAAUGUUUCCGACCAGAUCUAGCUGAAAAUCAAUAAGCACUUAAAAACUAUUACAUUUACCUAGAGUUAAAUGUGUUUUUCACUUACGUCUUUGCAUCAAAAUGAAAAUAAUAUUAAAAAUAGGUGGGAUUUAUGUAAAAAAAUAAAGUAAUAUUAGAGUAAUUUUAGCAGAAGUUGGAGUAAUUAUUGCUUUUCUGUUUUAAACUAAAACAGAGACAAUGUUUUACUUUUUUUGUGUAAAUACUCAGAUAUGAUAAUCUCAUGCUGGCCCAAGCCUAUAGAGUUUACUAUACUUAGUCUUACAUAAACUACAUUUUUCAAUGUAUAUAUUUUGCUAGAUUUAUAUGAUCUUUAUUGUUUUUCUACGGGUCAAACGGGUUUUGCAGCUCGACAAAUUUUACUCAUUAAAAAGUCUUUCUUCAUUUAUGUACAGGAUGCAUUUUCCCCUGCAGAACAAAAGCAGUGUUACUCACGUUACUAUCUGUGGCCAUAUUGUUAUGGCUCACAGGUGUGGCUACAUGUGAAACAUCAACAGCUACCUGCAGGAACUAAAGCGUAAAGGGAGGAACUGUGAUAAAAAUGAACACAUUUGAAGAAAACUGGCUAAAAUGUGGAUUUUAUUGGACAAAACUGGACUGUAAAUGAUCACUGAUGAGCAGCUGGAUGAACUGGACAUUUUAUUUUGUAUGAAGAAACUCUGUUGAACAUAUUGAGUAUUGUUUGUAUAUGUGUUUUAUUGUAAGGAAGUCAAAUGUAAAUAACUAAGAUUUUAUUAUUAAAAUUACAGCAUAUGGGAUUUUAAAAGCA